AAAAAAAAAAAAAAAAAAAAUCGCUGACGCUUGAAGAUAUAAACAUAACACGUUUGCGGCAAUUGUAAAAAAAAAUUCAUGCAUUUGAAAUUUGACCUGAAAUCAAGAUAAGUUUUUUGUAUCAGUGUCAUGCCUCCUCGAAAUCGCCAGCAUGCAAAAUUUAAAAGGGAGGUGAAGGAUGUGAAACCAGAACACAUGGAAGUUUCAUCUGAUAUGAAACUUAUUGCAGAUUGGAAACCUCAUAAACCAUGGGCACCAUCUCCUUAUACUGCAUUCAAAGUUUUGUUGUCAGCUCGUCUUUGUGCUGCAGUUUGGAGCAAUAUUUCCGACUGUGAUGAAGUCUUCAAUUAUUGGGAACCUAUGCAUUACUUGCUUUAUGGUGAAGGAUUCCAGACUUGGGAGUAUUCUCCAUUGUAUGCCAUUCGUUCUUAUGCAUACUUAUGGGUUCAUGCUCUUCCUUCAUAUUUAUAUAGCACUAUGCUUCAAUCUAAUAAAGUAUUAGUUUUUUAUUUCCUGAGGUGUUUAUUGGCUUUCUUCAGUGCUUUAUGUGAAGUUUAUUUUUAUAAAUCCAUAUGUUAUCAUUUUGGACCAUGCAUCGGUCGGCUAGUGCUUCUAUUUUUUACAGUUGGCUCUGGGCUGUUUAUCAGUUCCACUGCUUUUCUUCCAAGUACAUUUUCCAUGUACCUUUCAUCUGUUGCAUUUGCUGCCUGGUUCAUUCAAAAAUAUGAAAUAGCUAUACUUUCAACAGCUGUAAGUGCAAUGAUUGGUUGGCCGUUUUCAGUUCUAUUAGGAUUACCUAUAGCAUUUGAUAUAAUUGUGUUGAAGCGAAAAUUUGUAUUAUUUGUGAAAUCCGCUUUGGCUUCUUUAUCUCUAAUUAUAAUUCCCUUGGUAUUUAUUGAUUCAAAACAUUUUGGGAAACUGGUACUUGCACCCUUAAAUAUUGUCUUGUACAAUGUGUUUUCAUCACAUGGUCCAAAUUUAUAUGGAACUGAACCAUUUUCAUAUUAUUUUCUAAAUGGAAUAUUAAACUUCAACCUUGUGUUCAUCUGUUCAAUUGCAGCCCUACCCAUAAUGGCUUUUCUGCAUCACUUUGAAAAAUAUAACAAAAAAUCAACAAAAAGUCCACCUUUAAUUCUCUGCCUAGCUCCUAUGUACUUAUGGAUGUUUGUAUUUUUCACACUUUCACACAAGGAAGAAAGGUUCCUCUUCCCUAUUUAUCCAAUGAUCUGUCUUGCUGGGGCCUGCACUGUUGAUACCAUACAGGCAAGCUAUCAUAGGGUAUUUUCAAAAUUGAAUCUAAGAGAUUUUUUAGACCACACAAAAUGGAUUUCAAUUGCAUUCUGCAUCGUUUAUGUUAUUUUAUCAUUGUCACGGACUACAUUAUUAUAUAAAGGUUACAGAGCUCCAAUUGAAACAUACAUGGAACUGGGUCGAAUUUCAACUGAUCAAGACAUACAUCCUCUACCACCUGAAUACCCAGUUAAUGUAUGUGUUGGUAAAGAAUGGUAUAGGUUCCCAUCAAGUUUCUUUUUGCCACUAAACUGGAAUUUAAGAUUUCUACAAUCUGAAUUCAGAGGACAGUUGCCAAAGCAAUUUUCCAAUUUACCAAAUGCCACUAUGAUAAUUCCUGAAGACAUGAAUGAUAAAAAUCUUGAAGAAAAAUCUCGUUAUGUGGAUCUAAAAGCAUGUGACUAUAUUGUGGAUUCAAAUUACCCUGAUACUUCAUUGUUGGAACCAAAUUACUCUCAAAAUUCUGACUGGACUGUGAUUUCAACAAUCCCUUUUUUAAAUGCUCAAAGAUCUCACAGAUUAUUAAGAGCCUUCUAUGUACCAUACUUUACUGAUUACUACUGUGAGUAUGUGGAUUAUAAUCUUUUGCAACGAGUCACCAUCAAAAAUCGUAUUCGAAAGAAGAAAAGAUACGCACCAAGAUGAAUGUGCAUCGAAACUUAUUUAUUAAACUUAUGUCAUUAAACAUUGUGGCUAAAACAAUGACUACUUCCAAUUUUUGUAUGUUUCUUUAAAUUUCUAAAGUUGAUUUAAAAAUAAAAUAUUUAUGGUUGAAUUUAAAUGUACAAUUUUGACUUUAAACUAUGUUUUGUUUAAAAAAGAUUAUUUUGUUAUUAUUUUUAAUGCUGAUUGGAGUGCUGCUGUGUAAUUUUUGCAGUGUGAAAAACAAUUUCAAAUUCAAAAUAAAACGU